AUGAUGCCUAAACGCUGCUUUCUAGGCUUCCUCGUCACUUUCCUCCUGACUGGUGUCAUAGGAACUCAGCCAGCUCGGGAAGCUCUGAAGCCUCAGAGGGUACAAUUUCAGUCUCAAAAUUUCUACAACAUUCUGCACUGGCAACCCGGAAGGGCACUUUCCACCAACAGAAGUCUCUAUUUUGUGCAGUACAAAAUGUACGGGCAGAAACAAUGGAAAAAUAAAGACGACUGCUGGGGUAUUCGAGAACUCUUUUGUGACCUCACCAAUGAGACCUCAGACAUACAGGAACAUUAUUAUGGGAGGGUGAGGAUGACCUCGGCUGGGAGCCACUCGGACUGGAGCAUGUCGCAAAGAUUCACUCCCUGGUGGGAAACAAAAAUAGAUCCUCCAGCCAUAAAUAUAACCCAAGUUAACGGAUCUUUGUUGGUGAUUCUCCAAGCUCCAAAUUUGCCAUACAGAGACCAACAUGGAAAAAACAUAUCCAUGGAAAAUUUCUAUGAGCUGGUAUACCGAGUUUUUAUAAUUAACAAUUCUCUAGAAAAGGAAUGGAAGGUAUAUGAAGGGACUCAUAGAGUGGCUGAAAUCAAAGCUCUGUCAACACCCUCUGGUUACUGCGUAGUGGCUGAAAUAUAUCAACCCAUGUUUGACAAAAGAAGUCAGAGAAGUGGAGAGAGAUGUGUGAAAAUUCCAUGA